UGCCGGAAACGGUUUUGAUAGCUUUCGUUUUCUAUCAAGUUGUAACAGUUUUGCUAUAAUGUUUUGCAAUCCUCUAAUAUUGCGAACAUUAUCCAUAACUAUUUCUUUCAUUUGUUUAAUUGAUUAACUGUAAAAAUGGAAAAAAGUCAAAGUGAAGUGACUGAUAAAAUUAGACAUUCAAUUAAAGAGAAAUUGAAGAAAAUGAACACAUUUGUUGAUGAUGAACUUCCUGAGUAUAUAAUGAUUUUGAUCGCAAAUAAACGCAGCAAACAUCAUAUGGAAAAAGAUUUAUCCUUAUUUUUGGGAAAUCAAACAGGUGAAUUUACUAAUUGGCUUUGGGACUUAGUAAGUGCAUUUAAAACUGGUGGAAAAACCAAAAGUUCUAAAUCUAACCUUAGUUUGGAUUCGCAAAAUAUUGAAGAAGACGAUGUUUUGAGUUACGAUCCGACAGAACAAGAUGAGUCUUUAUUCUUGGAAGAGGUAAACGAAUCACCUGCUGAUAAAGAAAAUACAUCUAAAACUGAAAAAUCUGAAGAUUCAAAAAUUGCAUUGUCAAGUGAUGAGGAAAUACCUGAGAAUCCCUAUAUAUCUCUAAGUGCUGCUGAUAAAGUUCAACAGAAAAUUACAAUAAAACGUGAAAUAGAUGAUUCUAAUAUUUCUAAAAAUGAAGUAUCAAAAACUUCAUCCAAUGGUCAAUCGUUGCAAAAGUCAGCUAAAGUGUAUCCUAUGCAACGAAUGAAACCAGCUUCCAAUACUGCUCCUACAAAAGAAAGUGUUUCAGUUAAAUCAUCUGAGCUCCCCAAGACAGAAUAUAGUGGUGUAGCUAGUGUAGUUUGUUUUACCCAAAGGAAAUAUGGUGGAGCUACUGCUGCGCUUCAAGCUAAUAAACUGUUGUUAAGAGCUGUUAAUGAUGCUACAAAGUCUGUAUUAAGUGGCAAAAAUAUAAAAGAUUAUUAUAAACCAACUCCUAUCAUAGAAUUGGCUGAAAACAAAAUGCCUGAUGGGGAAAUCAAUGAAAUUGUUCACACGGAAAAAAAGGCUUUUGAUGGUUUAAUUAAUGAUCAAGAUACUAAGUUAGUAAAGUAUGAAAUGCAAGAGCCUAAUACUGAUAAUUCAGAAAAUACUACAUCAAGAAAGAUUGUAAGUUUAAAUUCUGUUGAAAUUGGAAUUUUCGAUGGAGAUUCAUCUCAUCAGUUAAGUACAAGUGACCAUAAACCUGUUAAAAUUGAAGAAGAAAAUGCUGUUACUCCGCAUUUUAUUGUGACUUUAGAUGGUGUCAACUUCUCAUCGGUGAAAAGAAAGAGAAGCAUCAUUUCUGAAGAAGAGCCUAUGGAUAUUGAUGAAGAGGAAGAAGACUAUGAUGAAGUACCUGAGCAAAACGAUGAAAAGAAGAUGAAGAUAGCUGAACGAUGCAAAUACUGGCCUGCGUGUAAAAAUAAUGUUGAAUGUGCAUAUCAUCAUCCAACGGUACCUUGCAAAAGUUUUCCAAAUUGCAAGUUUGGUGACAAAUGUCUUUAUAUACAUCCUAAUUGUAAAUUCGAUGCUAGGUGUAGCAAACGAGACUGUCCUUAUACUCACUGCAGUAUUCGAAAAUAUCCUAUUGCACCGAUUGCAGUUAUCAAACCACUAAAGAUUCAGAAGUCCAAAAUUGUAUGCAAAUAUUAUCCACGGUGUACAGCUAAAUCUUGUCCAUUUAUUCAUCCUAAAUUAUGUAAGUUUGGUACUCAGUGUCAUGCACCCAAAUGCCCUUUUGGUCAUUUUCAAAUUCCUAAUCGAAGUCAAAUGAAGUGGAAAGCAGUUUGAUUGGUUGAUUAACUUCAAAACUUUAGUUUUCAGUCCAGUGUUAUAUUUUGUGCAUUGUUAAGGAAACUAACUGCAUUCAUUACAUUUUAUUUAAAUUAGUUUGAAAAUGCAAGUUGUACAUUAUUCUGUAAUAUACCAUACAUUUGUUUGUUUUUGUUUAUUAAUAAAUUGUGCAUUAAUAUGUA